AGUCCUAUAAAGAAAACUUUCCGUGAAUCUAUUAUUAAACUCAUACUGCCCGAUUCCGCCAUAAUGUACUAUUAUGUUAUUGCAUUGUCCGUUGUGUGUUUCUUCUGUCCGACGUCCGCCAAGGAUCGGCGUAUUUUGAUGAGCGACCCCGCCUAUGUGGCACAGGAAUUAAACCACCUACAGUCCGAGUUACAACAGCUUCAGGCAAAGGUUUCCACCCAACAACAAACCAUAGACAGCCAGCAGUCGACCAUCACUACACUGACCAGUCAAGGUGGGCAAGGCGUCAUAUACACCAGGUGGGGCAGAAAGGAUUGUCCGGAGGGAAAUGGCAACCAACUCGUCUACACUGGUUUCGCUGGUGGAUCCUGGUACAGUGCCAGUGGUGCCGCCGCCACAACUCUGUGUAUGCCCUCGGACCCUAUAUGGGGACCACAUAAGAACGCGACGCUCACGUAUCCAUCCUAUUUGUACGGUGCCGAGUAUGAUGAUACUACGAUUUUCGGUAUGGCCGAUUUAAAUGAAGACGUUCCGUGUGCCGUGUGCAAAAACACGGCACAUUCGAUCAUCAACAUGAUUCCCGGUCGGACCACGUGCUACCCUGGGUGGACAGAGGCCUAUGAAGGCCUUCUAACAUCCGGGUACCCAAAAAAUGCUGGUGCAAGUGAAUUCCUCUGUAUGGAUGGACAUCCCCAGGCCGUACUUGGUGGAGGAAGCAGGAACGAUAACGGGCUUCUAUUCUAUGCCGUUCUGGCUCAGUGUGGAUCACUACCAUGUCCGCCUUAUGAGGACAAUAAAGUAUUGUCUUGUGUCGUGUGUAUGAUAUAAAAUAAAUGUAUAUGACGGAAUAUUUGAUAUCGUUAUGCACAGGGACUUGGCACGAAUCUAUAAUAUAUUUUUAUCAAUGUGAGUGAGUUGAUAAUUCGUCCCUGAACUCACGUGUACAAGCCUUGUCUGUCAAUACACCCAUCUGUUUGUGGUUCACUUGCAAUGGGGCGGGAUCAUAGCUAGCCGCACAUCACAGAACAUGGUAUUCAG